AUGAUGGAACGUGAUGGACGGCGAGAACGAGGACGCCUGAGUGGACUCCAGAUGUUAGAUGAAAUUAAGAAAAUCUGGAAGCAAACCAGUACAAAGCAUCGUCCGCUCAUGGUUGUUAAUAGUUUGACAGCCGAUGCAUAUCAAUGCAAAGAACAUGGCGUAGAUAUUGUUGUUCAUGCCAAUCGUAGUCUCGUUCAAAAGCAAGUUAUCGAUUGA